AUGAAGCUCCCUGCGCACUAUUACGACGGCCACUCGACGACGCCACACGACAAUGCAUUCGCCAUGCCGCCUCACGUCAAAUCGCGUCGAUCCCUCGGUCUCGCUUCCCUGACCGCUCCACACGCCGCUGCUGGCCUGGCCAAGCGCGAGUGCUCCGGGGGCUCAUGCGAGAGGAACGUCAGCACAAACGUCACAAACAUUGCCAUAAUCAUGGGAAUCGGGAUUCCCGUCCUCGUCGGCGCCAUCGUUCUUCUCUUUCUUCACCGUCGUAAUGUCCGUCGCCUAAGGAUGGAGGAUGCAAAGGACCCCAACACAGGCCUCGAUUUCGGCCUCGACGAGACUUCGCCCAAGGGUGCCAAGGGUGCCAAGCGCAAGAGCUUGUUCGGAGGAGGAGAGAAGACGGUGCACAAGCCGGGGCAGCUGUCCAUGGACAUGAACCUGUCGUCGCCCUACCUGCUCCCGCCCGGUAUACAGCAGUCUCACGACUCUAUCCACUCGCUGGCGCGCACCUUUCCCAACGAGCAGGACCCCUACCGCACCAUCAAGGACUUCACCCACAGCGAAUCCGGUUCCAUUCGAUCCUUCAACCCCAAGGCCCCGUCAGUCCAUGGCAGCAGCAAGCGCAACUCUGCCUUAACCAGCAAAUCAUUGGGUGGGUCGAUGCACCCUCCGCGAACCAACACAGGGCCGCGAUCCCCCGUGUCUCCCGACGUCCCGAUCAAUCCGUUUGCCACACCUAUGGCGCCCGAGCCAAGUCAGAGGACACUAGCCGCAUCGGGCACCCAGGAACCGAUCCGGCCCAUACAGCCCAUCGUCCCCGAGAUUGGCACCGUAGCCUACCCUGACGACCACGUCGAUGGCCGUGGCUUUGACAAUCCAGGCGAUCAUGCACAGUCCGAACUGUCCCACGCGAGGAUGGACGCCAAUGUUAGCAUCGCUCACGUCGAUGAUGGGUUCGACUUUUCGCAUCCUCACGAAACAGAGCCCGCGGACACGAGGCUAUACACUGAUGUCCCUAUGGCCUUGUCGCCAGGAUCUCAUGCCGUCGCUUUUGAGCCCCAUAUGCUCGACAGCGCCCCUGGCCUCGCGCACUCUCACGAUGACUUCACGAGGCAAGGAGACCAUCCCGAGAUUACCAUGUCGCAAUCCUUUGAUCAGUACGACGAUGACAUUCGCGGCCGAGGCCUCGAGCGCCAGGCUCCUGUGGCAUACGACGGUCGCGAGCAGCCGCAAGGGCUGGGUGUUCCGCAACAGCAGUCCAAGAGGCUGUCGGUUGGGUUCCGCCCUCUGCCUCCGAACGAGGUGACGGAAUCCGAGGACCCGGAGUAUCGGGCAAACCGCAUCCGAUCCUUCUACAAGGAAUACUUCGAGGACAGCGCCAAAGAACCCCCUCCGCCCAUGCCCACCCAGCGCGGCGGCCCCAAAUACGAAGAAGACUAUGACGAGAAUUUCCUCGGAGACGCGGCCUACUUUGACGUGGAAACGAACGCCUUCGUUAUGCCGUACGCACAGCCUGUGACGCGGCGUGCAAUGACACCACCUCCCACAAACCGCAUCCGCGGAGGACCGGGAGGAGGACCUGGCGGCCGAGGUCCUCGCGGCCCACACGGCCCUCACGGAUCGAUGGGCGGCAUGGGUUACCGUCCCCGGGCCGGUUCUGCCGUCACGCCGAGGCCGGGCUCGUCUGCGUCGACCGGGAUGCGCGGAACGCCUAAGAAGCGCCUCCCGCCGCCCACUGCUCUGAGGACGCUGCCGACGCCAUCCAAACUCCGCGACGACUCGUUUUCCAUUAUGAACGCCGUAGACUUUGCUCCCCCUGAUUCGUACCAGGAUCGGGCGGCUGGCCGCAGUCAAAGUCCGCUCGGGGAGCGACGUGCGUAUCAGCCUAAGAAGCCGGUCGCGUCUCCCCUCGUCACGGCCUUUGAUGAGCUGGCCGUCCUGCCGAGCCCUCACUCGCUGCGAAAAUCGACGACAUUUACCAAUCUGGACUUUGCACCCCCUAAGAAGUUCAAGGACUCGGACACGACGAGUGACGCGGGCAGCAUCAGGAGCAACAGAAGCGGCAUCUCGGCGGUGCAGCUGGGCGCAAUCCGUAGCGGCGCGGGGCGAGUUAGUCGCUUACCCGGCGACACGGUGUUCACGACGGCCGCCAUGACAGAUCAGCUGAAGCCCUCAUGGACGAUGCGACCCUGA